AUGGAUAUCACCUCCCUGCGAGAGACCCCACGCGAGAUAGUCACGAAACCGCGCGUGGAAACCAUACGCGACACGUACACAGCCGAUGGACAGAACACAUGUUUAGCUGUCCUGGUUCACGGACCACCAGACACAGUUGAAUGGCUAAAGGAUGGCGUACCUUUGAAAGAUAGCAAAAAAUAUACGACCCAAUUUAAUGAACAGACUGGCGUAUACGAACUGAUAAUCCACGACUCUGAGCCGAGCGAUUCCGGAGAAUACCGAUGUUUAGCGAAGAAUUCCAAAGGCCAAGACUCCUGUCCAAUCAAACUCGAUAUCCAACCGUUAUCCGGGCCACCGAAGUUUCUUCGAGCGCUCCGCGAUGCCGAAGUGUUGUCGGACACUUCAGUGAAGUUUAUUGUAGAAGUCGUAGGCAGUCCCACGCCCGAUGUAAGAUGGUGUAAAGAUGGGUUACCUGUGGUGGAGAAUGAAAAGUACAAUAUUGAGAGUAAUGGAAUUACUUAUUGCUUGACGGUCAAAGAUUGCAAGGUCACAGACAGUGGUGAAUUCAAGUGUAUAGGUGAGAACUCUGUUGGUCAGGUUGAAUCUUCAGCCGUGCUCACAGUAUCAACAAUACCACUCCAACCUCCGUCGUUUGAGGACAAACCCGAGGACACAGCCAUUGAGAUUCUAGAACAAGGUGAUAUCAAACUUGAAGCGACCAUUGUUGGAAGACCCAAACCUCAAGUCGAAUGGUUCAAAAACGAACAGCCCGUGAAAGAGAACGAGCAUUAUAAAAUUGACCAGCACGAUGAUACCUAUAAGUUAAUCAUUGUAGGAGUGUCGAAGGACGAUUCUGCUUCGUAUAAAUGUAUUGCAACGAACGACGGAGGAAUUGCUGAGAGAACAUAUCAUGUUGACAUUGAAGGAAACGAGCUCACUGACGAUACAUGCGCCUUGGUUAUACCGAACGUAACUCCGAACGAUAGCGGGGAGUAUCGAUGCGUCGCCACGAACGAUUCCGGAUCCAGCACGACGACUGCCGAACUUGCUGUGGAAGCACCCGAGUCUAUUUUGAAGCCCGAAGUAGAUUCAAUAACGUUUGGGGCGGUUGAGCCUGAAAGUACCGAUGACAUCACUGAGCCUGAAGUGGCGCCAUUGUUUACAGAGGAAGCCCAGGAAGGCGCGGUUACUGUUUUAGACGGGGGGAACGUACGACUCGAAGCCAAGAUCGGAGGAAUUCCAACUCCAGUUGUGGAAUGGUUCAAAGACGAGACGCCCGUGGAUGUCGGGGAACACUUUGUGAAGAUUGUGGACGGCGAUAGAUAUUGCUUGGAUAUUGUUCAUGUAUCCCCCAGUGACUCGGGGACAUAUAAAUGUGUUGGAACUAACCAUCUGGGUACAGUAACGCGAGUGUACAGCCUGGAUAUUGAGGGUAAAGAAGAUGAAGACGAUAUUGACGUGUUUCCGUCGCCCCCUGAACCAAGCGAAGCUCCCUCGUUUGUGGAGCAGCUCAAACCCCAAGAAGUAAGACAAGGCAGCACAUUAAGACUCUCGUGUCGAUUGGCAGAGCUUCCUUCUACACAGCUCAAAUGGUUCAAAGAUAACAGACCAUUGGAAAUGGACUCUAGAAAAACAGUCACGACUAAGAAUGAUACUUGUACAUUAGUCAUCUCAAGUGUGAAGCCCCAAGAUGAAGGUGAAUAUAAACUUAUCGCAACGAAUAACAACGGGCAAUGUGAAUCCACCGCAUCCGUUUUGGUAAACGAAUCCAUUAAGGCACCACGUUUCACGUCAUCCUUGCAACCACUGACCGUGAAGGAAGGCGAGGACGCUCAACUCGUUGUCAAGGUGACGGGAGAACCGGAAGUGGCAUGGUACCGAGACGAGACUCCUAUCACCGACGAUGAACGAUUUGUUAUAGUCGAUGCACUGGAUUGCGAUGAUAAGUAUUCACUGGUUAUCGAAAGCUGUAAGCCGUCUGACACUGGCAUGUAUCGGUGUAUUGCAAGAAAUGCUGUGGGCGAAACGGAGUGUUCAGCUCCAAUGAAUGUUCUUCAAAAGCUACGUGUUCAGAAAGACGCUCCCAAACAAGCCAUUCCGGCGGAAUUGAGAAGCGAAACAGACGCACCAUCAGAGAAGCCACGAUCUCCGAAGAAAGCAGUGCUCUUUGACACCGGACCUGCUCAGUUUGAACCCGAAUUCAAGAAUGUUAUUCACGAUCUCUCGAUGGAAAUAACAGACGGAGGGGACAUUAUCUUAGAGGCUGAAGUCAUAGGGCACCCUAAACCAGACGUGGAAUGGUACAAGAAUGAUACAUUGAUUACGUCAUCGCAUCACUAUCUUCCACAGUCCCGAGGGGAUGUCCAUUGGCUCACGAUUGUCGGCGCCAGUCCCUCCGAUGCUGGAGAGUACAAAUGUGUAGCCUCGAAUCCACUGGGUACCAGAAUCAGGACGUAUGCUGUUAAUAUUGAACUUUCAAUGGAAGAAGAAGAUGAAGAAAAUUUGGCACAGGAGGAAAUGUCAAACCAUGUCGACUACAAAAUACCACAAGAACCCUCAGAACCAAUCACACUCAAGCAAGAAACUAUGAACGUUGAAAGUGAACCUCUUAUGGAUCAAGACACACCAACCACACAACAAAAUGGCGAACCACGCUUCAAAGACAAUCCGUUGGACACUCGCAUCAAACCACAAGGAAAAAAAGAGGAAGCGGGUACCGAACCAAAGGUAUUAACUCCCGAGGUGCAUUCUGUUAUACCCGUUGAUGGGGCUAAUGUCCCGGUUGGAAAAACCCCAGAGGGUGCAUCACCGGAGGGUAGUACCUUCUCUCUUGGUACACCUGUGGCAAUAACCGUCCCUCUAAUUGGUGAUGGGGCUGAAUUAACAGUUAAACCUUCAGAAGGCGGGCGAUCAGAACCCGGGGUAAAACCAACUCUGGCUGCGAAUGAGGACGAACCACAGGCAGUUUCCCUCCCCGUGUCUGCUGAAGAGAAACCCAAGGGGCAACCUCAACCCACCGAUCUCACACCUGACAAGAAGACACCAGCGACUCCAGCCCAGGAAAUACGUUUCAAUAUUCCUUUAAGUGGCGUGGAUGAGCCGUAUGUUAUUUUGGAUACACAGGAAAGAUCUCCCGAAGCGACGUCUCCUGGUCUUGUUGAACAAGAACCACUUAUCCAACCACAACAAGAGGAAAACAAUGUCCAAGCAUCUCCUGAUAAGUUACCCUCGUUCAUUCCGCUACUACCAGACGCAAAGCAAGAGAAAAAUCUGCCUCAGCCGUUUGAUGAAAUGUCAGUCACUAUUCAACACCCUGACAAAACAAGACCUGAAUCUGGUGCUGAAGAUGUGCCAAAGACGCUUAUUAAUGGGAAGCAUGAACAAAGAGAUGAUGGGGAAGCACCUUCAACCGCACCGCUCUCAGCAAUUAAUGUGACAGUUCCUUUAGAUGAAAAUGCCGGACCCAUAAAGGUUGUCCAAAAACCUUUAGAAUCUGCCGAGAAACAGGAUGAAAAUCCAGAUAGAGCCCCCGAGUUCUUGGAAUCUCUUCCAGACGAUAUCGAAGUCUACGAAGGAUCUGAAGUAAAGUUGAGUGUCCGAGUUAGUGGAAAACCGCCUCCGAAAUUGAAAUGGAUGAUUGGCUGUAAACCUUUGAAGAAAAGUAGUCGUGUCGAGAUGAGAGAGAACAGUGGUUUGCAAGAACUGGUCAUCAGGAAUGUCACGUUGGAAGACGAGGGCGUUUACAGUUGUGUUGCGGCGAAUAAGUACGGGGAGGCCUUUUGUGAUUGUGAAAUCAUUGUCGAGGUGCCAUCAGAAGACGAAGAGUCAACAGGUCCAUUGAUAAGCCAGUGUCCUCCUGGAUUCAUUCGAGGUCUUGAAGACACUGAAGUGAUUGUAGGCAAAAGCAUUACUUUGCAAUGUCAGUUCUUUGGUAUACCAGAAGUCGACCUACAGUGGUACAAGGAUGGAGGACCACUUGAUCACGAUGAUGAUCGAUUGGUGUUCGAUAUUCUCGAAGACGUAGCUACUUUAACCAUCAACAAUGCAACGCCGGAUGAUCAAGCCUGGUAUCGAUGCAAUGCAUACAAUGACCUCGGGUCAUCCUCCACGGAUUGUGAACUGCUAGUUGUUGAAGCUCCUAAGUUUGUGAAGUCACUUGAGGAUACCAUUAUCAGCGAAGGAGAGGAUAUACAGUUUACUGUACAAAUUGAAGGCGAACCGGAAGUGAGUUGGUACAAAGAUGGCAAGCUAUUGGCUGACGAAGGACGCUACGUCAUCGUAGAUCAACACGAGGAACAGAUCUUCACUCUGGCUAUUGAAGAUGUGCUGCCCGAAGAUGAAGGCGAAUACCGAUGUCUUGCCGAGAACGAGGCGGGGAAAUGCGAAUCCAUUGCGAAGUUGACUGUCACCGACAAAAAUUAUCCACCAGAACUCACAAACGAAGGUCAAGACGAACCGCACUUUGUCAAAAAGGCAGGAGAGUUGAAGCUCUCUGUGGCUUUGAAGGGUAAUCCGUUCCCGGAGGUGAAAUGGUUCAAAGACGACAAACCGUUAAACAAUGACAACCAUUAUGAAAUAUCCGAAAAAGAAAACGAACGUUCUCUCUGUGUCCAUAAUGUGACUUUGGAUGAUCGCGGGGUUUAUAAAUGUGAAGCGACAUCAAAAAUGGGCAAAGUUACUCGAAAAUUCCAAGUCAACAUUGAAGGAUUCAUGCCGCAAGGUUCGCCUCCGACUUUCACCGAAAUUGUUCAACCCGUCGAAGUAAAGGAGGGUGCUGACGUGACGUUUACCUGCCGCGCAGGUGGGGAACCGAAACCCGAAAUCGAGUGGUACAAGGAUGACACACUCCUGGACCAGGACGAUCGUGUGAACAUUGACCAGAAAGAUGGAGUGUCGACUUUGACCAUCAAAAACAUCACCACAAUAGACGAGGCAGUUUACAAAGCACUUGCAAGAAACCCGCUCGGGAUUGCAACCUCUCAAGCAGAACUUCUAGUUACUGAAUCAGCCGUGAAACCAGAGCUAUUAGAACCGUUGAAAGACAUUGAUGUGAAAACUGGAGCCGAUUGCUGCUUUUCCAUGCGCGUGAAAGGCAACGUGAAGGUGGAUUGGUACAAAGAUGAAGAGAUCCUCCUGGACGCUGGACGGAUUGUUAUCGUGGACGAGCAAGAUGGAGAGACCUUUACUUUGGCUGUCGAGGACGCGAGGGUCGAGGACUCUGGAGUUUACAAAUGCGUCGCGCGUAACGAAGCAGGCGAAGUCACCAGUAAUGCGAUUUUGAAAGUUUCUCCAAGCCGAAGACGAAGCAGAAAGGGAAGCAAGGAAACUCAAAAAUCAGCCGUACCUGAAACUCCUGAAAAAUCAAUGGAUUUGAUUCUUGAAGACUCACCAUUCGAAUCAGGUGCGCCGAAUUUUCUACGCGACAUUCAGGAUUGCGAAGUUGUGGCGGGAUCCGAGCUGAAAUUGACAUGCAAGUUCGAAGGGUCACCUCGACCCGAAGUGGAAUGGUUUAAAGAUGGCGGUCCCCUGGAGGAAAGUGAUCGAGUCACGUGCUCUGUGAACGAUGACGUCACAAAUAUCGUGAUCAAGAAGGCCGAGCCGGAUGACGAGGGCUGGUAUCGAUGUCGAAUCUCAAACGAACGUGGUACGGCUGCUGUCGAAGCCGAGCUGAUUGUAGUGGAAGUACCGAAGUUCGUGGAGCCUUUGAAGGAUUUGGCGAUAGAUGAAGGAGAAGAUGUUCAAUUUACAGUAAAGAUCGAGGGAGAACCGGAAGUGAACUGGUACAAAGGAGACAAACUAUUGGCUGAUGAAGGCCGUUACGUCAUUGUUGACGAAGAAGAGGAUCAAAUCUUCACACUAGCCAUUGAAGAUGUUUUGCCCGAUGAUGAAGGCGAAUACCGAUGUGUGGCCGAGAACGAGGCGGGCAAAUCCGAAUCUGUUGCGAAGCUGUUUGUGCAAGAGAAGGAAUACCUACCCGAGUUCACGAACGAAGGUCAGGACGAACCGUACCUCGCUAACAUGGGAGACGAUUUAAGACUCGACGUAUCCGUGAAAGGCAAGCCAUCUCCUGAGGUGAAAUGGUUCUUAGAUGAUAAACCAUUGCCCAGCAACCUUCAUUAUGAAAUCUCUGAGGAUGGGAACGAUCAUUCCUUGUGUAUACGAUCAGUUACGUUGGACGACAAGGGUUUGUACAAAUGUGAAGCGACUUCAAAACUCGGGAAAGUUACACGCAAGUUUCAAGUCAACCUGCAAGGAUUCACCCUACAGGGUACAGCACCAACAUUCAGCCAGAAUAUCAAGCCAGUUGAAGCAUCUGAAGGAACGCCGCAGGUAACGUUUCAGUGCCAAGCCCAAGGUGAACCCACUCCUGACGUGGAAUGGUAUAAAGACGAUCAAUUGCUGGAACAAAGCGACAGAGUGAAAUUUGAAACAAACGGCUGUGAUAGUUUCUUGUACAUAAAUGACAUUUCCCAGGCGGACGAAGGUGAAUACAAGGCUCUUGCAAGAAAUCCUGUUGGAAUAACAACGUCAGUCGCAGAACUCAUUGUUGUGGAGUCCUCCACCGAACCAGAAUUGGUCGCCCCGAUGACAGAUCUUAAGAUCCAGGCUGGUGACGAUGGCUGUUUCAAUGUCCGCGUAAAAGGAAAUGUGGCAGUAGACUGGUACAAAGAUGAUAAGUUGUUAGAAGAUGCUGGUCACGUUGUGAUUGUUGAUGAAGAUGAUGGAGAGACGUUCACUUUGGCUUUGGAAGAAGCGACUGCACAAGAUUCAGGAGUGUAUAAAUGUGUUGCCAAAAAUAAGGCUGGUACAGUGACAACUACAGCAGUAUUGAAAGUUGAAGGCGAAGUCCCGGAGAUUAAGAGAAGAGAACCAUCUGGACAAGCUAAGGAUGAUCUGCCGUUGUCCAAACCCGCUGAGGAAAUGGUUGGGAAAUCCAUUGAGUUAGUUGUUGAAGAAGUUGCACCCGAACCAGGUUGCCCUCAAAUACUGAGUGACUUUAAAGAUUGUGAAAUAUUGGCAGGCUCCGAUCUUACACUGGAAUGUAAGUUCGAAGGCUCGCCGCGACCUGACGUGGAAUGGUUUAAGGAUGGUGGACCCCUGGAGGAAAGUGAUCGAGUCACGUGCACAGUGGACGAUGACGUCACAAAUGUCGAGAUCAAGAAGGUCGAGCCGGAUGAUGAAGGCUGGUAUCGAUGUCGUAUUACCAAUGAACGUGGUACGGCUGAUGUUGAAGCUGAGCUGAUCGUAGUGGAAGUACCAAAGUUCGUGAACAAACUAGAAGAUAUAUCGAUUGAUGAAGGAGAAGAUGUUCAAUUUACAGUAAAGAUCGAGGGAGAACCGGAAGUGAGUUGGUACAAAGGAGACAAGCUAUUGGCUGAUGAAGGACGUUACGUCAUUGUUGACCAGGAUGAAGAUCAAAUCUUUACAUUAGCCAUUGAGGAUGUUCUGCCCGAAGAUGAAGGCGAAUACCGAUGCGUGGCCGAGAACGAAGCGGGUAGAUCCGAAUCUGUUGCGAAGGUUGUGGUCCUCGAUAAGGAAUAUCCACCCGAGUUUACGAACGAUGGUCAGGACGAACCGUACUUUGUUAAGACUGGAGACGAUCUGAGGUUGGAUGUGAUAUUGAAAGGAAAUCCGUUGCCUGAAGUGAAGUGGUUUGUGGACGAAAAACCAUUGAAGAAUAACCUUCAUUAUGACAUCUCGGAUGAUGGUCGGGAGCAUUCGUUGUGUAUUCGGAAUAUAACUCGGGACGAUCGUGGCGUGUACAAGUGUGUAGCUUCCUCAAAGUUAGGAAAAGUCACUAGAAAAUUCCAAGUCAACAUUGAAGGGCUUGCUCAGGAGGGAAUAUCUCCGGAAAUCAUCCAGCGUCUCGUUCCAGUCGAGGUGAAAGAAGGAGAGACGGCGAGGUUCGAGUGUCGUGUGCUUGGUAGACCUACACCGGAAAUUGAGUGGUACAAGGACGAUACAUUGAUAGAAGAGGAUGCGGAAGGAUUCAGUUUUAGCACAAAGGAAGGGUGUAAAAUAAUGAGCAUACAUGACGUAUCACCAUCUGAUGAGGCCGAGUACAAGGUCCUGGCACGGAAUCCUCUUGGGACUUCCACUUCAUCGGCUGAACUUCUGGUAGAAGAGACAGUAACGAAACCAGAAUUUAUCAGCCCACUUAAAAAUGUUGAGAUCCAGGCUGGUGAUGAUGGAAGUUUCAGUGUCAGCGUAAAAGGAAAUGUGAAAGUAGACUGGUACAAAGGAGAUGAAUUGUUAGAAGAUGCUGGUCACGUUGUGAUUGUUGAUGAAGAUGAUGGAGAAACGUUCACUUUGGCUUUGGAAGGAGCGACUGCACAAGAUUCUGGCAUGUAUAAAUGCGUUGCAAGUAAUAAAGCUGGAAUUAUAACAUCUACGGCAUCUUUGAAAGUGGUUUCAAAACUCGUACCCCGGGAUGUCUCCUCCUCGGAGCUGUUUGCCCCUUACUUCGAAGAACCCCAGGAAGAUAUGGUAUACGAUGUGAGCGAAGGGGAUACGGUCGGUUUCAUCCUGAACGUACAUGGGAAACCGGAGCCCGAGGUUGAGUGGUUCAAGGAUGAUGAUAAGCUCACGAGUGGCGGGAAUUAUCGUAUCACGCAAGAUGGCGGGAAACACGAGUUGAGACUGCAAAAUAUGACGAUCGAGGACAGCGGUAUCUACAGGUGUAUUGCAAGUAACGAGGAGGGUGCGGACGAAAGAACGUUCAAGUUAGAUGUUGAAGACACCUUAUCUGAAAGAUGUUCUCCAACGAUCCUUCACGGCCUAAAAGAUUGUCAGAUUGUGGCUGGCAAACCGUUAGAACUUGAAUGCCAAUAUUUCGGAACACCAGAACCCAAGGUGCAAUGGACCAAGGAUGGCGGACCUGUGGAACUGGAUGAUAGAGUUACUAUGUCGCAUACUGAAGGUGUUACGAGGCUGAGUAUCUCAAAGACAGAAGCUGACGACGAAGGAUGGUAUAAAUGUCGCUUAGUUAAUCCAUGUGGCGUUGUCUCUGUCGAAUGUGAAGUCAUAGUUGUUGAACCACCGAAGUUUGUCAAGAAAUUGGAUGAUAUAGAAGUUGAUGAAGGUGAGGAUGUACAAUUCAGUGUUAAAAUCGAAGGAGAGCCGGAAGUGAGCUGGUACAAAGAAGGAACCCUAUUGGAGGAUCAAGGCCGUUACGUCAUUGUGGACCAAGUCGAAGACCAAAUCUUCACCUUCGCUAUUGAAGAUGUUUUACCCGAAGACGAAGGCGAAUACCGAUGUGUGGCCGAGAACGAGGCGGGCAAAUCCGAGUCUGUUGCGAAGCUAUUUGUCAGUGAUACAGAAUAUCCACCUGAGUUCACAAACGAGGGUCAGGAUGAGCCGUACGUUGUAAAAAGGGGUGAAGAUUUGAAAUUUAAUGUUGUGGUCAAGGGAAAACCGUUUCCGAAAAUUACUUGGUACAGAGACGAUGAACCUUUGCAGAGUGACUCCCAUCUUGAAAUCUCGGAGAAUGGUCGGGAGUUUACGUUAGGCAUUCGGGCUGUAUCGUUGGAUGAUCGUGGUGUUUAUAAAUGUGAAGCAACUUCGAAAUUAGGGAAAGCAACAAGAAAGUUCCAAGUCAAUCUUGAAGGUUUGUCACAAGAAGGCAGAGCGCCAGAGAUUUCUCAGAGAAUCACACCUAUCGAAGUUAAGGAAGGAGACAAAGCUAGUUUCACCUGCCGUUUUCUUGGCCGACCUGUGCCGGAGGUUGAGUGGUAUAAAGACGACCAACUCCUGGAGGAAAGCGAAAGAGUGAAAUUUGAUUCUCAAGAUGGCGGUCAUACUUUGAUCAUCAGGAAUGUCUUAUUGGCUGAUGAAGCUGAAUACAAAGCCUUGGCUCGCAAUCCUCUGGGGACUGUCUCAUGCACUGCAGAACUGUUGGUUGAGGAGUCUGUAAAUAAACCAGAGUUGAUUGAGCCCAUGACAAAUGUUCAGAUCCAGGCUGGUGACGAUGGCUGUUUCAGUGUUCACAUAAAAGGAAAUGUGGCAGUAGACUGGUACAAAGAUGAUAAGUUGUUAGAAGAUGCUGGUCACGUUGUGAUUGUUGAUGAAGAUGAUGGAGAGACAUUCACUUUGGCUUUGGAAGAAGCGACUGCACAAGAUUCAGGAGUGUAUAAAUGUGUUGCCACCAAUAGAGCUGGUACAGUGACAUCAACUGCAACACUGAAGGUUACCUCGGCAGCACCUGGAAAGCCAUUGGAUGCAGAAGUUGGAAAACCAAGCGAAGUCAUUAAACCUCAACGUCAAGACGAAACCAACACCCAACCAACAUUUGAUGGUAAAAAAAUUGAUUUGAAAAUCGACGGUGAUUCGAUGACAGUACUCCUACCAGAUACCCAAAGCAUUUCAGAAAAACAACCAACUACAUCUAAGAUUGCCGACCAGAAACCGACCAGCCCAAAGGAGAAGCUAACCACCCCUAAACAAAAGCGCUCGCCUCCAGAAAAGGCACCAAAAGUUGCACCAAAGAAAUUCCCGGAGGACAAAACAACCAAGAAACCUAAAGCGGAAAAACAAGACGAAACCCAAAAUUUCCCAGGCAAGGAAAUCAGCCUCACCAUUGAUAGCGAAUCAGGAUUAAUGUCUGCCCCAGAUGUUCUCUUUGAGCAAGAAUUCGAAAAACCAAAAGAGGAGAAACCACGAGAUACCGAGAAGAGACAACCAGAUAAGGUACAGUCCAAACCAGUUGACAAUGAAAUCAGCCUAACAAUUGAUGCUAAAUUGGAUUUAAUGGAUACUCCAUUGCCUUCGGCUGGAGAUAAGAAAGAUAAAGUCCCUCACGAAAACAAGAAGCCUCACGUUGCUGAAAAGACUUCGCCUAGGAAAGAGCAAGACAAGCCAAUGGAGCCAGUUGGGAAGGAAAUAAGUUUUACUAUCGACAGUGGUUCCAUUCUAAUGGCUUCGCCGGAGAGUCUGCCAGAAGAGAAAUACCGAGAUAAACCAAAAGGCCGAAAACCCGAGGUAGCAGAGAAGAAAAAACCUGGAAAAACUCAGGCCAGACCGUUUGAACCUGUUGGGAAAGAAAUAAACUUCACAAUCGAGAGCGAAGCUGGUCUAAUGGCCUCGCCAGAUCAUCUCCUUGAUCAACAAAUUUCACAGCAACCAAACGCUCGCCAGCCUGAAGUCGCAGAGAAGAAGAAGGUUGGGAAAGAUGAGAGCAAACCUUUUGAGAAAGAAAUAGUCGCUAACAUUGAUACGGAAUCAUUUUCUCCCGCUGCUUUCGAAAUAUCUUCUGAACAAGAAAAGAAGAAACCAAAAGCACAGAAGCCAAAAGUCGCUGGGAAGGGCGAGGAAUCCAGACCAUUUGAAACAGUUGGAAAACCUGUAAGUUUAACGAUUGAUGAUGGUACUCUUGUCGUGACAACGCCCGAAGAAGGAAUAUCUUUAAAACCGGAGGCCAAAUCAGCUCCGUCCACCAUGAAGAAGCCAGCAAAAGUUAAGCCGCAAGAUAAAGAUCGUCCCGUUGACUCUAAGAAAGACCGACGACAGUCGAUAAAACUCCCAAGUCAAAAACAAGCUAAAGAUUCACCUCCAAAGGUCGCUCCUAAGACCAUGAAAGAUAAAACACAGCGGCCUGUUGAGAAAGAUCAAACUGCCAAGCCAACGAAAGACCAGCAGUCUGCAGAUGGGAUUCGUCCUGUCGGGAAACUGCCCAAAGAUGAGGCCCCAAAAGUUGCUCCAAAGACAACAGGAAAGCCGGUCGAAGUGCGUAUUGAUAGUGGAGCAAUGACGAUAAGUCUGCCUGCAGAAGAGUUUAUCAUCUCUGAGAAGGAAUCCGGUGAGCAGUUUCUCGCUCCCGAGACUGAAUCUGGUGAGAAUAUCACAAAAUCACCCGAAGAAAAACAGCCUCUUGCAAUGGGGAAGCCACCUUCAGAACCCCCGGCAGCAAAACCCAAGCCCCAAAAGCCCGUCCCUGACGAUAUCUCAGACGAAGACUUGGGGAAACUCGCGUAUACAACAAAGCGAGAAGAUGGGCUCCCUGUGUGGGCUAGACGACCUAGGAAGGACAAACCCGCAAAGAGUGAAACACCUGCAGCCAAGAAAACUCCUGAAAAAUCAACAAAGCCUUCGAAAAGUGCUUUGGAUAAAAAUGAACCAGACAAACCUACUAAACAUGUCGGCAAAGAACUGGAACGAGAACCGGUUAAACCAGCUCAGGAUGUUCCCAAACCAGUUGAACUGGAAAUCGGACAAAAUGUUCAGAUAUUGUUAGGACCUGAUCAAGAUAUUCCAGUAAUACAACUUAAAGCUAAAGAUCAGGGCGUAUCCAAGAAACCCGAAGUGAAAUCGAAGGAACCCGAAGAAAAACCGAAGCAGCCCAAAUCUAAACCGAAACAACCCGGGGUUAAGCCGAAGAAGUCUGAGAAAGGGAAAAAACCUGAAGACAAAAAAUCUGGUGAAUUGAGUCGAAAACCCGAGGUUCAAAAACCGAUUGAAGAUGACGUGAAAGAAAUGCCUAAAGAAGUUGAAUUUGUGUUUAAAUUAGAUUCCUCACAAGUUGAAGCGGCAAAACCCGAGGUGAAAUCGAAAGACAGACAAAAACCUCACGAUAGUGUCCAAGAUAAGAAAGAUAAAACACAUGGGAAACCUGAGAAAAACAUUCCUGAAUGGGCGCGAAAAGGUCGAGCAAAGGACACACCUCCCCCGGUAAAACCGAAAACUAAGCCGAAAUCAAAGGAUAUUAAAAUAACACCGGGGGGAGAUGAACCUGAAGUUGAAUUGAGAGAAGGUGAAGAUGCCCAACUAAAAGUACAAUUCAACGCAGAACAGCCGGCGAACGUAGAGUGGUUCAAGGACGGCACUAGUUUAGAGAAUGAACCACAAUAUACAUCAAAGACCUCAGGGGACGGCUGUGAACUUUUAGUACGAAAUGUGACACCAAGGGAUAGUGGUACCUAUGUGUGCGUGAUUACCACCGAAGCUGGGCGAUCCACCAAAACGUUUAAUCUGUUUAUUGAAGCUCCAAAGAUUCCUUCAAAAGUGCAACCAUCUGAGCGGCUCGUCUUCCUCCAAGAUAUGAACGACACGGAAAUCAGCGAAGGAGAUGAUGCCAAGUUUGAUGUCCGCAUUGACGGCAAUGAUUUAGAAGUCGACUGGUACAAAGACGAUGAGAUGCUUGAAGAUGCUGGAAGAAUCAUCAUCGAGGAUCCGCAUCCAGAAAGCGAUGAUAAUCUGUAUUCCCUCACCAUCGAAAACUGUGCAGCCGCAGACUCAGGUCUCUACAAAUGCGUGGUAAAGAAAGAUGGAAUGGAGACAGUCACCAGUGCUCUUUUGCAAAUAACACCUGCUGGUGUCAAGCCAAGCGAUACGAAGAAAUCAGAUAAAAGUCUUAAGCCAUCCGCCCCUGUUUUUACUACUGACUUACAACCUGUCGAAGUCAACCCAGGGGACGCUAUCACGUUGCAAUGUUCUGCUAGAGAUACAUCAAGUAUUGAGUGGUACAAAGGCGAUCGCCGCAUAACCAAAACAUCACGGACUCGUAUAGACCAAAAAGGAGAUCAAUUCACUUUGACUAUCAAACCUGCACGACCCGACGAUGCGGGCAGUUACCGUUGCGUGGCAACAGGACCUGGCGGGAAGAUGGAAUCGGUGGCUGACGUCAUUGUCCGAAAGCCGCUCGCACCACCGAAGUUUGAAGAUAAGCUCAAAAACACGGACGCGAAGGAAGGUGAUAAAGUCCAGUUAAUAAUUAGGGUCAGUGGGGAGCCUACUCUUACUUGGUAUAAAGAUGGAAAGCUUUUACCGAUCGGAGAUCGGACCUCGGUAGAAUGCCUCAACCCGGAGAAAGGCACCUAUGCGUUGUGUAUUGAGAAUGCAGACCUCACUGACUCAGGGAGGUAUAAAUGUGUUGCCAAAAACCCGGCCGGAGAAUGUUUCUGCUCGACCAGUUUGCAAGUGAAGGAGAAAUUGAUCGCCCCAGUCUUUGGAGAGGUGACCUUGAACUUGAACAUCGACGAAGGCGAGGAUGUGCUCAUUGAGGUACCGCUGACUGCUAAACCUGCAGCUAAGGUCACGUGGUAUAAAGAUAAUGUUCAAUUGUAUAACUACGCGAGAUGUAAGAUUGCAAAAACUGGAGAUACGUAUACCUUGAAUAUUAAGCAAGCGACCGCACAGGAUGCUGGGACGUAUAAAAUCCUCGCGAAGAAUUCUGGAGGCUCUGCAACGAAGGAGAUAAAUGUCACAAUUUCAGCCCCGGGGAAGAAGCAACCUCCAUCUGGGAAAGAUACGAAAUCUCUUGCUCCAGUAUUCAAGAAGAAAAUGUCUGAUGUUGAGGUUAAACCAGGUGAUAACGCGAUCUUUGAGGUCCAUGUUCCAGAUCAACCCGAACUAGAUUGGUACAAGAAUGGAAUCUUGAUCGAGGAUGAAGGUCGUUUUAUCAUUGAAGAUCCUAUCGAAGGUGACCAACUCUAUCGCCUAACCAUCGAAAACUGUGAACCUUCAGAUUAUGGAACAUACACGUGUUUAAUCAAGAACGACAACGGUGAAGCGCAAUGCUCUGCACAACUUGUGAUCUCCAAAUCUCUCAAGAAAGAGCCUGUAGAAAAACCAUCUAAAGUAAAACCGCUGUCUAACACUCCAGAGAAAGCGAGGUCAGAACCAGAGAAAGCUCCUCAUCAGAAACCGUUUGGGAAGUUUGGAAAAGAGAGCGCCAAGCCGGCCCCCAAAGUGGUGAUCGAGAAGCCUCAAAAGGUGACUCCACUUUCCAGUGCACCAGAGAGAGCUACGAUUGAGCCACAAUCUACACAAGAUCACAAGAAGAAAACUUUCGCAAAAGACGAUUCAUUGCAGCCAACAGUUCGACCAAAACCGUCGCCAUAUCAAGGAACAGAGUAUGCCGAUACUAACGGUGCCGUACGGAAAAAGACCCCCGUCGAUAUACCCCCGGGCAAGAGACAAGUCUUAGAGCCGAUGAAAGGCCUUGCAGCGAAACCAAAAUUCUUGAAAGAAAUGAAAGGCGGCAGGAUCAACGAAGGCGAUAGUAUUGUUUUGGAGGUUGAAGCGAAAAAUGAGCCAUUUAUUGACUGGUUUAAAGAUAAUGUACUCCUGGAUGAUGGUGGAAGAAUUAUCAUAGAAGAUGCGGUCGAAGGUGAUACUUUGUAUAGGCUGACUAUAAAGGACUCGACGCCUGCGGAUACCGGAGAGUACAAAUGCACCGCUUCAAACGAUGCUGGUGAUAUUUCUUGUACUGCUUACAUUGAAGUGAAGUCAGAUCAUCUCUUGCCAGAAUUUAUCGGAAGUACUACAGAGAGCCCCCUUAACAUCACCGAGGGGCAGGAUGGGAAGAUCGACGUGGAGAUCCGAGGAAGACCGGACAUGACCGUCACGUGGUAUAAGAACGGUUUGAAAUUGCGAAGUGACCGUCACGUGCUGAUUGAGAGCAAGGGAAAUGGGUACUACUUGAGCGUUAAUAAAUCAAUGAAGUCAGAUACUGGGUUAUACAAGUGUGUAGCAAGCUGUCCAGCCGGGAGUGUUAGCAAGGAGUUCCAACUCAAUGUUACAGCAAAAGACAGAAAAUCGCUUUCGUUGCAAAAGACUGUGCGUAAGCCAAACUUUAUCGAAAGACCAAAGCAUACUGACGUCAACGAAGGAAGCGAUGCUGUCUUUUCUGUCCGCGUAAACGGUGAACCGGAUGUGGCCUGGUACCAUGAUGAUAAACCUCUUCAAGAUGACGUACGUGUUGGAAGAGAGUCGGAAGACGACGUGUUCCGACUUCGCAUCAAAGAUACAAAACCCGAGGACGCUGGUCGGUACAAAUGUGUGGCAAAGAACAGCGCUGGUGAAAGCUCGUGUACUGUAAGUUUGAGGGUCAAGGAGACUGUUAUCCCACCGGAGUUUGAGCCCGUGUCGGAAACCCGCUACGAGGUCAACGAAGGCGAUGACGUCAUGUUUACGACCAAAGUUAAAGGCCGUCCUGAACCCAAGAUCACCUGGUUUAAGGAUGAUGUAAGGAUAAGAGGUGAUGCGCGGUUGAAAACGACGAGAAAUGAGGAUGAACAUGUAUUGACAAUCAGUCGUGCGACACCCUUGGAUUCUGGGAUGUAUAAAUGUACUGGGUCAAGUCCAGCUGGUAGCGCUAGUGUUGUGUUUGAAUUAAUAGUGGACGCUCAAACGGAAGAAAAGAAGCCACAAGAAGACCUUGGUGACCGACCGAUCUUCACAGAGAAGAUGUGUGACAUUGACGUGUGUCAGGGGGGUGAGGCAGUGUUUAGUGUACGAGCAAGCGACAGACCGAAGAUUGAGUGGUACCGUGGUGAUAAACAGAUUGAAACCAAAGGAAGAUAUACUAUAAAAGAUGGCAAGGAUGGAGGUGAUUUGUAUCAAUUGAUUAUCGACGAUGUUAAGACUAGCGAUAUUGGAACGUACAUAUGUCGUGUUACCAAUGAUGUUGGCAAGAGUUCUUGUUCUGCAAACCUUUAUGUCGACAGAGCUGUCACUGUACCGCAGUUUGUCGGAAAAGACGAGGAACCCUUACCUCAACUUUUUGAAGGAGAGGAACUAAGGUUGAGGGCGACGGUGAAAUCGUUUCCCAAACCGGAUGUGAUCUGGUUUAGAAAUGGCACCAGAUUGCGAGGAGAUGCUUAUGUGAAAUUGCAGCCGGUGAACGACGAGUAUAACGUGAUCGUACGAAAUCUGAAACGAACCGAUUCCGGAGUGUACCGAUGUGAAGCGAGCACCUCAGCAGGCACCGCUGCAAAAGAGUUCAAGGUUGAGAUCAAAGAGAAACAAACUCGACAGAACGCAGCAACCAUCAACAAAGGCCUGAAAGAGAGAUACGACUUGGAAGAAGGCAAUCCUUUGAAACUACAAUGCGACAUAAGCGGACGUCCGGCUCCCGAAGUGAUCUGGUAUAAGGAUGAUGAACCAGCUGAGAGUCUGAGACACAUGAAGAUCGACAAUGUCUCGGGGUUGUGUACUUUGAAAAUAAAAAGCUUGAAACCCGAGCAUUCGGGCACGUAUCGUUGCGUGGCAACGAAUGCGGCGGGAACGGCGGAGACAGCGACUGUAGUUACAGUAAUGAAGGAAAUUGCUCCUCCCGAGAUGAAGGAACGACUAAGAAACAAAGAUAUUCGCGAAGGAGAGAACGCUAAACUUGAACUCAGAGUGACAGGAGAACCUGAACUAAUUUGGACCAAAGAUGGGAAAGCUAUCACAAGCGAAGGGCGAUUUACCAUCACAACCACCCCAACAGCAAAUAACACGUACUCACUGGAGAUCAGAGGUUGUACUUUGCAGGACUCAGGUCGGUAUAAAUGCGUUGCUAAGAACAGUCGUGGUCAAGUAUUCUGCUCGUGUACUCUGACGAUCUUAGAAAGACAAAUAGCACCAGAGUUUUCCGACCCUACAGCUAAUCUCGACGUUCUUCUACAAGAGAACGAGGAACUACGUCUCGAGGUCAACGUGAAGGGAAAGCCAGAACCGCGCGUGAAGUGGUUUAAAAAUAAUUUCGCCGUGAUGCAAACGAGUGGUCUUAGAUUAGAGCAGAGAUCUGGCAAGUAUGCGUUAGUUAUUGCGAAGGCAAAGUCAAGCGACAGCGGCACAUUCAAAUGUGUUGCUUCAAAUAUCGUGGGAAGUGGAAAUAAAGUAUUCCAAGUUUCCGUCAAAGCUGGAAAGGUGGAGGGACAAUCGCCAUUGUUUCUGGAGGAAAUACAACCGGUGAAAAUCAAGGAGGGUAGAACUGCUCGACUUGAAUGCAAACUGCAAGGACAGCCCUCACCCAAAGUUGAAUGGCAUAAAGACGAUGAAAAACUCAGCAUUGGCGGCAGAAUAAAAGCCGAGCGUGAAGGACAAUAUUGUGUUCUUACCAUCAAGGAUUGUCGACCUAAAGACAGUGGCGUAUAUAUGUGUGUUGCUUUUAACGACUUCGGCAGUAUCGGCACCAGUGCUGAGCUCGAAAUCGAGACGAUACCAACCGAACCGGUCUUUGAAGAAAAGCUUAAAAACUUUGAAGUCGUCGAAGGCAAAGAAGCGACGUUUACUGUGAAAGUCAAUUCAAGUUCCGCUCCGGUGAUUACGUGGUGUAAGGAUAAUAAAGAUAUAGUCGGGUCUGGUAGGUACAUGUUGACAAGCAUAGUCGGUGAUGGUGUUUACUCGUUGGUGAUCAGACAUUGUGAGAUCAAGGACUCAGGACGAUAUACGUGCAUCGCGAAGAAUGAUGCAGGUGAAACAAGGUGUAACGGAAGACUUGAGGUGAAGCCAUCACUCACGUUGCCUGUGUUCGAGUCAGGUGACCAGGAUGAGCCAAUAGAAGUCGAGGAAGGUGGCAAACUUCAACUUUUAAUCACUGUAAAAAACAAACCUUUCCCCAAAGCGAAGUGGUAUAAGGAUGGGCGAUUACUUCUUACCGGUGCGCGGCAUUACAUCAGGAGCACUGGAGGCGAGUAUAGUCUCGAAGUGCCACGAGUCACCGCAAAGGAUGCUGGGUUAUAUAAGUGCGUGGCAACCAGCCCAGGAGGAACCGCGUCUAAAGUGUUCAUUGUGACCAUCGCAGACUCUAAGAAAUCAAAGGUAUCAGGUGUCAGAGCCUCUGAUUCGAGCGCCAAAUCAAAACAAGCCGUACAUGAAAAGCAGGUUCCUGUAGUGGAAGACAAGUUGGAAGCUCGGCUCGAGGAAGCAGUGGAAAGUAUUAAGCCGUCAAAAGAUGAUGUUGCUGGUGAUGGUCUUUUCGAACCUCAGUUUGUUCAGAAACUUCAAGAUUUAGAAGUCGUUGAAGGAAGCGCUGCUCGUUUUGAUGUCAUUGUUAAGGGUAGCCCAGAACCUGAUAUAUCGUGGUACAAGAAUAACCAAGCAAUCUUAGAAAGUCGAAGAAUCAAAUACCUUCAUGAAGACGACGGUUUGUGUUCACUCGUAGUCAGAGAUAUUACGACGCAGGACAGAGGAAAAUAUAAAUGUGUUGCAAGCAACAGGAAAGGAAAGAUACAAUGCAGUUGUGAAAUGUUUGUUGAAGUCCACGGUUUUGACGGAUCUGUUACCGAAUCGGAUACUGAACCCUUGACGCCGAAGUCCUUAUCAAGUGAAUUCCUGUACGACAGUGAAGAAGAUAAAACAACUGGAAAACUCGACGAAACUCCUAAAAUAUCUCUCGUCUUACGAAACAAAACAGUCAAUCCUGGAAGCACAGCGAAGUUUGCAUGUCGGUAUCAGAGCAAGACCAGGACGGCACCGGAAUGGACUAAAGAUGGAAAGCCUGUAAGACCGGACUCGAGGCAUAAAGUAGAACACGACGGAGAUUUAUGUGCGUUGACGAUUUUAAGAGUUACACCAAGUGAUGCAGGAGAAUAUUCAGUCGUAUUGAAGAACGAUGCUGGAGAAUCAUCGAGCACUGCUUCUCUUUUAGUUGAAGAUUCCGCUGAACCGGAGCGCGACGGCAUGCCACCGAAGUUUGUCCUCUCUCCAAACAAGACAGUCGAAGCUUGUAUCACGUGCUCAGCACGCAUGGAGUGUAAAGCCAUAGGUGACCCGAAACCAGACAUCAGAUGGUAUAAAGAAAAACUCCAGGUUGUCUCGAAUGAUAAAUGCUCAGUGUACACUGAUGAUGGUGGAAUGUGUACCUUGAUUGUUCAGGAUGUCACCUAUGAAGACGAGGGAACGUACAAAGCCAUUGCUUCGAAUGAUUUUGGAAAAGUAUCUUGCACGACUAAAUUGAUUGUCAAAGCUGGAGAUGUGAGUAGUGAUGAAAGCGAUGCCCGCAGUGGAAGUGAUCAAGGUUCCAUCAAAGAAAGGCCAAUAUCGCAUUCACUCCGCACUAAAAGAACAACAACCCCAACGUCCGCUGACUCAAAACGAUUGCCGGAGUUCACGGUGCCAUUACGAGAUAAACAAUCCCCGGCCGGGUCUACGGCCCGUCUCUCGUGUCGCGUCGUCAGCAAGAGUCGGUUCACAGCCAAAUGGUACAAGGAUGGUCAGCCAAUCAGAAGCGGAGGACGCUUUGACGUGCAAAGUGAUUUUGCGAGUCAAACAUUGGUAGUGCGCGAUUGCCGGGUAGAGGACUCGGGCGAGUAUAAAUGCGAAGCGAAAAAUAUUGAUGGUGUCAGUAGCUCGGUUGCCAUGUUAACCGUUCAAGGUCGCGGUAGUUCUGGUCGGCAGACGGUAACAACAAAACAACCCUCCAAGGGACAGUUUACUUGGUCGAAAGAUAGGGACACUGACAAGCAAAUAACAACUGGACCGUCGAGAGGCUAUGAAAAACAGAAAACACAGGAACCUAAGGAGGAAGUUAUGAAGAUAGAGACCGAAAUAAAGCAAGAAUCUCAAGACACAACGGAAAGUGUUCCACCGGAGAAAAGUGAAGAAUUGCAAAAGACCCCCAACCAACAAAAGACUGCGGGCUCUGGCCAUUACGUUGCCACGUCGGAGAGUAUUGACAAGGAGACUGGGAAGAAGUUCUUGAUUCCGGGUGAUAUUGUGGAAGUACUGGAUUCAAAUCCAAGCGGUUUGUGGCUGGUUCGUCGAAUAUCACGUGGUGUCGAAAUUGGAUUUGCGUCGAAAACCAGUUUGGAAAAGCAGAAAGGGUCAAAAAUGGAAGAUGAGGAGAUUUCUGACACGUCAGGGACCAGAGACGAAGAGGAACCCCAGAUUUACCACAUGAUGUUGACAAACUACAAGGCGAAAAGCGACAACGAGGUCACAGUAUCGAUCGAUGAUGAGAUAGAAGUGUUGGAUGGUGGAGACUUAGACUACUGGUUCAUCGACAACCUCUCGACGGAGAAAGAAGGCGUAGUACCGUCAUAUCUUGUGCAGGAAAUCACUGAAGAAGAGUUUAAACAUCUCCCAAAAGAUAAAAAAGCUCGCGAGAGAGAAGCUCGUAAUCAAAGAACAAAUGUUGUGAACGAUCUGAUUGACAGUGAAAGAAAAUAUGUGAAGUUGCUAAGAUUUGUAAUUGAGAAUCAUUUUGUUGAGAUGGAUAGCGAUGACGUACCGGAAAGUCUGGUUGGAAAAAAAGACGAAAUUUUCUCGAAUAUCAAAGAUAUAUAUGCCUUUCACUCAAGGACGUUUCUUCACGAACUGGAAGCCUGCGUGAACAACCCAAAUGACAUGGCCAAGGUUUUCCUGCGACACAAAAAGAAACUACAGAUUUACGUGAGAUACCUUCAAGAUCGUAUAAAGAUGGAACCACUGCUGGCUAAACCUGAAAUCAACGAUUUUUUCAAGGAAUUCCAAGAGGACACCGAAGAUCGCUUGUUUAUCACGGACUAUCUCAACAAACCAAUGAACAGAUUACAGGAAUAUCGUUUUUCUCUCCAGGAGUUGUUGAAAUACACAGCAAGAGCCAACUUGAAAUGCCAGGAUGUCGAGGAAGCACUAGAGGUUGCUUCAAGUCUUAGUCAAGAAGCCCAGGCUACGCUUCGUAUUGCAUCACUUGAUAUGUAUUCAGGUGAGGUGCCAUUGCAACAUGCUGGAAAACUUCUUCGACAGGGUACUGUUCAGUUUUGGGAGGACACACCCCGAGGCAAAGGCAAGGAAAGAGAAUUGUUUUUGUUUGAGAAAGUUUUAAUCAUCGCUCGAAAGCGGGAAGAUGGCAAACGAUAUACUUGCAAGUUUACAUUAAAGAUCUCAGAUCUUGGUUUGACCGACGAUAUCUCGGGAGAGCCAAAGAAGUGGUCGCUGUGGCUUGGAAAUUCUGCACCAGAAGCUUCAGUUCUUCAUACGUUCGAGGGAAAGACUAUUGAAGUUAAAGAGUCGUGGAUUAAUGCAAUUAAAGACCUAAUUGAUGCUCAAGAACAAGGUCCGUCUCACAACGACGAGGAUCGUGGACGCAACAUCGCUCCUGCUUUGAAAGAAAGAUUGCCAUCUGGUUCAACACACAAAGAAUUAUUCACGGAAGUAGAAAAGCAAUAUGUCGUUGUGACCGCACCAAAAGUUUCUCCCAAACCGAAGAAACCUGUCAAGGAUACGUCCAGCAGUAACAAGGAAUCAACAAUGAAAAUGGAUGUCGAUACAAAAAUGGAGGGCAGCGUCUCUUAUGUGGACGGAAAAGUCGAUGGAGCAAGACCAGUGGUCACGAAAGCACCGAAACAAUUUCAGCGAAGCAAACCCGGAGAGACAGUCGUCUUCACGUGCAACUAUACCGGCGAUCCGGAACCCACCGCGUCUUGGAGCAAAGAUGGCGUCGCCAUUAAAGAUGAAGGCAGAUUUUUGAUUCACACUGAGAAAGGUUAUUCAGAACUUGAGGUUGAUAAACUCGUGUACUCUGAUUCGGGAACCUAUCAAAUAGCCUUGUCCAACGCCUAUGGUAGUGCUUGGGUCGGAGCGAUACUUGACAUGAACUCUCCGCCUAACAUCACACAUCAACCGAGCGGUGUUGUAGCAAAGGCAGGCUCCACAGCCUCGUUCCCAUGCAAUUUCACUGCCUAUCCUCAGCCGUCAAUCAAAUGGUCUAAAGGCGACGUGGAAAUCAAGAACGAAGGACGUUUUCAUAUCAUAAUCGAAGAGGAUUACACUUGUCUUGAAAUCUCGGAUUUAGUGAAAUCUGAUGAUGGGAAUUACAAAGUCGAUUUGGAAAACCCAGCAGGCAGUUAUUGGGCUUCUGCUAGUUUAGUUGUCACAGGUGGCGAGGUAGCAGAAUCCACCAAACCUGGCAAGCAGUCCAGUCUUAAACUAAAGUCAGUGGAGUCAGACCAUCAGGAAACUCGAACUCACGGACAGACCACAGCUGAUAGCGAAGAACUUACAUCGGCUCCAGCAUUCAUUAAGACGCCCAAGGGAACAGUGGCUAAAUCUGGAACUAACGUGACAUUCCCAACGACAUUCACCGGGGAUCCUCAACCCAAAGUCGUAUGGACAAAAAACGACGAGGAAAUUAAAAGCGACGGCAAAUUUAACAUCAGCACAACCGAAGGAGCGAGCUCACUCCAGAUUUUCAAAGUUUCAAAGAAUGACAAUGGAUGGUAUAAAAUCGCGCUGAGUAAUCCGUCUGGCUGGGCAUGGGCCAGUGCGCAGCUGCUCGUCACUGGUGGUGGAGCAAGAUUUGAGAAUAUUGAAGGUGAGAUGGAGAGGCAAGGGAGCAGUAUUGGUGUUGAAGAAGAAAUGAAGCCAGUAGGCGAAAUGGCACAAAGCGCUCCGGUCUUCUCGUUGGAAUUGGUCGAUUGUAAAACCAAGGAUGGUAACGCAGCUAGAUUCGUAGGAAGAGUUUCAGCGCAUCCCCCGCCGGUUGUCAAGUGGUACAAGGACAACAAACUACUUCAAGAAAGUCGACAGUACAGCUUUUUGUACACCGGUUCAUCUUGUACGCUCAUCAUAACCCGAAGCAAAGAAGUCGAUAUUGGAACGUACAAAUGCGUGGCUACGAACAGCCUCGGCAGCGCUUCCUCAUCGGCUCAGCUUAUCCUCGAGGAAGUCGGCGAGGAUUCCGGCGAAUCGAGCUCGGAAAGCGAGGGAGAGAAUCAAGCGAACGACGAGCCGAAAUUGGUCAGCUUAACUCGUAGAAGCGCCGAGGAAUUGUACACGAUGCAAGACGAAUUGGGACGAGGGAAGUUCGGCAUCGUUAAGAAAUGCGUGGACAAGGCAACAGGGCGCGAAUUCGCGGCGAAAUUUAUCGCGUGUAACGGUAAAGCCGCCAGAGACGAAGUCCUUCACGAGAUCGAGGUGAUGAACGAGUUGAAUCACAAACGUCUACUGCGACUCGAAGCAGCUUUCGAUAUGGGUAAAGAUAUCGUGCUUGUGAUGGAAUUGAUCACCGGAGGUGAACUGUUCGAGAAGCUCGUCGAAGAGGACUUCAUUAGCGAGCAAAUUGCGACACAAUAUUUGGAACAGUUGUUAGACGGGCUUGGGUACAUGCAUCGUAAGAAUAUCCUGCAUCUUGAUUUGAAACCGGAGAAUAUGAUGCUCGUGCGGCCUGGAAGUAAACGUAUCAAGAUCAUAGACUAUGGAUUGGCAAAGAAAUACCAACCGAGUCAGAAGCUUCAGGUUAUGCAAGGUACACCGGAAUUUGCUGCCCCCGAGGUGAUAGCCUACGAGGGGGUCACCCCCGCGACCGAUGUUUGGGCGGUGGGGGUUAUAACCUACGUGGUGCUCAGCGGUCUGUCACCCUUUCUCGGAGACGAUGAUGGAGAGACGAUGAGCAAUAUUUCGAGCAUGGCUUGGGAAUUUGACGAUCCUGUAUUUGACGAGGUUACUAAUGAAGCCAAAGAUUUUAUCUCGAAAAUUUUAAUUAAAGACGAGAGGAAACGUAUGACCAUAUUGGAAUGCAAAGCACAUCCCUGGCUUCGGACUAAAAGCAAGAAAAAACUCGAGACGCAGCGCUUGAAAACGUUCACAGCCAGACGCAAAUGGAAGAAAGCCCUCACGGCCGUCCGCAGUACGAAUUUCCUGAGCCGUAUUUUGAACAAAGGCGGGAAAAGCAGUAGCGGAAACAGCAAUGCGGGCGGUGGAGGAAAAGGCGCCUUUCUCGCCAAGAUUAAACAGCAAAUCGCAGCUGAAGAAUCCGUGGAGAAUUCGGUCGAAGCGACGAAGGAUGAAAACGAAAAUAUCCCUUCGAAAAACAAGAUUGAAGAACCUAAGAUGAAUGGCGAUGUCAAACAGGAGGGUAACAAAGCGAGUAAGUCAUCAUUCGAUAAGGAACUCGAGGACCAAGAGAUACAAAAAGGGUCACCAGUCACCCUCACGGCCAAAAUAUCGAGUACUGGUGCCGAUCCUAAAAUUACCUGGGAAAAAGAUGGUAAAGUUCUGGGACGAGGCCGCGCACGAAUGGUCUAUGAAAAGGGGACUGCGAUGUUGAAAUUCGCCAGGACAGAUUACGAAGACUCUGGCCGUUAUACAAUCAAAAUUGACACUGGAUCAGGCACGGUUGAAUCUAGUGCUACUCUGGAGAUUGCUGAUGUUCCAGACUCGCCAUCACCUCCCGAGGUCACAGACAUCACAAGCAACUCUUUGCAACUCUCCUGGCGCGCGCCAAAGGACGGGCACAGUCCUGUAACGAAAUACAUCAUCGAAUACCGCAAAACAGGAGAAAAAUACUGGACGCUAGUCCCAGGAGAGGUGACGUCAACUACAUAUACAGUCGAAAACCUGACUCCCAGGACUUCGUACAGAUUCCGCAUUAGCGCCGUGAAUAAAAUAGGCAGUAGUCGACCAAGUAGAUCUUCUGGUUUAGUUGAAACAAAGAGAUAAAGUAUAAGAGUUUGUUGAAAAUAAUGAAAAUAAUAGCUAUUUUGAUGAACGUCGACAAUUAGGGAAGAUGAAGUAAUUGUAUCAUAAAGCUUAAUAUAGUUUAAUUAAUAAUUACCAAUUAUAUAUAACAUUAAUUAGAUCCAAUUUUAAUAGCUAAUAAUAUAUAGCGUGAUGUUUUCAUAUCGUAUUUUUGCAGUAGAAAAAAAGGAGAUGUGUUUUAUUAUGUUAUUCCAUUUUAAUCACGAAGUCUGUAUCGUAUUUUUAUCUAAAUUUUUGUACCCAAAUAUUGUAUCAUAAUUAGUUUUUUACUUUACAAUUUAUAAUGCUAAGAACGAGUAAAAAGUAAUAUU